GAGGCUGCAGAAAGCACGCGCAGUUUCAGCUCAGGCUGUGUAACAGAGACACGCGACGGCACGCGCUCUGACCGCAGAGAAGCUCUUCAGAUGGCGAUGACUGCACUGGAAUGCUACAAAUAUCUGCAUCUCUUAACAGCACAAUGGAUAUGAGUGGAGACAUCUGACAGCACAGGCAUGAUGUUAAGAAUGAACUUCACCUGUUUUUUGUUCAUCUCAGUCUUACUGUUUUACACUCAUUCCAUCUCAGCUGCUAAAUCACAUGAGAGGUCAGGGGCACAUAGAGCGGCAUCCCGCUCGGUGGCAAGGAUGGACGGAGAUAUCAUCAUCGGGGCUUUGUUUUCUGUCCAUCACCAGCCGGCGGCAGAGAAGGUGGCGGAGAGAAAGUGUGGGGAGAUCAGGGAGCAGUACGGAAUCCAAAGAGUGGAAGCGAUGUUUCACACGCUGGAUAGAAUCAAUUCUGAUCCGAACCUUCUGCCCAACAUCACUCUGGGAUGUGAAAUCAGGGACUCCUGCUGGCACUCUUCAGUGGCUUUGGAACAAAGUAUUGAGUUUAUAAGAGACUCUCUCAUUUCUAUCCGUGAUGACAGAGAUGGAUUGAAGUGGUGCGUUGAAGGAAAUCUGUCUGCUCAAGCGCCAUCGUCCAAAAAGCCCAUAGCUGGCGUCAUUGGACCUGGCUCCAGCUCGGUGGCCAUUCAGGUCCAGAACCUGCUGCAGCUUUUUAACAUCCCCCAGAUUGCAUAUUCCGCUACAAGCAUUGAUUUGAGUGACAAAACUCUUUAUAAGUAUUUCUUCAGGGUUGUGCCAUCUGAUACGCUUCAAGCCAGAGCUCUCUUGGACAUUGUCAAGCGGUACAACUGGACGUAUGUGUCAGCCGUUCACACUGAGGGGAACUAUGGCGAGAGUGGGAUGGAGGCGUUCAAGGACCUGGCAUCUCAGGAGGGUCUGUGCAUCUCUCACUCCGACAAGAUCUACAGCAACGCCGGAGAGAAACAUUUCGACCGACUGCUGAGGAAACUCAGAGAACGUCUGCCCAAAGCUCGUGUGGUGGUCUGUUUCUGUGAAGGAAUGACGGUCCGUGGUCUCCUCAUGGCCAUGAGACGCCUCGGGGUCGCUAGAGAAUUCCUCCUCAUUGGCAGUGACGGAUGGGCGGACAGAGAUGAGGUCGUGGAGGGUUAUGAACAGGAGGCUGUGGGGGGCAUCACUGUCAAGCUCCAGACAGAAGAGGUCACGUCAUUCAAUGAAUACUUCCUGAAGUUACGCCUCAACACCAACACCAGGAACCCUUGGUUUGCUGAAUUCUGGCAGUAUCGCUUUCAGUGUCGACUCCCGGGACACCCGCAAGAAAACACAAACUACAAGAAGAACUGCUCAGGUUAUGAAAGCUUGGAAGACAACUAUGUCCAAGACAGUAAGAUGGGUUUUGUCAUUAAUGCCAUCUAUGCCAUGGCUCACGGCCUUCAUGACAUGCACCAGCACCUGUGCCAGGGACACGUCGGGCUGUGUGAGGCGAUGGACCCCAUCGACGGAAGCAGACUGCUGGACUUUCUCCUCAAGACCUCCUUCACUGGUGUAUCUGGAGAAGACGUGUGGUUUGAUGAAAACGGGGACUCGCCGGGCAGGUAUGACAUUAUGAACCUGCAGCAGGUGGAUCCUGGAGUUUAUGAUUAUAUACACGUGGGCUCGUGGCAUGAAGGCAUUCUGAGCAUUGAUGACUACAUGAUUCAGAUGAACCGCAGUGAGAUGGUUCGCUCCGUCUGCAGUGAGCCCUGCUCCAGAGGAGAGAUUAAAGUGAUCAGGAAAGGUGAGGUGAGCUGUUGUUGGAUCUGUACGGCCUGUAAGGACAAUGAAUACGUUCAGGAUGAGUUCACCUGUAAAACCUGUGAACUGGGAUGGUGGCCGGAUGAAGAGCUACAAGUCUGUGAGCCUCUUCCCUUACAUCACCUGGAGUGGAGCCAUCCCGAAUCCAUCGUGGCCGUCGUCUUCUCCUGUCUGGGCAUCCUGGUGACCAGUUUUGUCACCUUCAUCUUCAUCCUGUACCGUGACACUCCCGUCGUCAAGUCCUCCAGCCGUGAGCUCUGCUACAUGAUCUUAGCCGGAAUCUUCCUGGGUUACAUCUGCCCCUUUACCCUCAUCGCCCGCCCCACGACAGCUUCGUGCUACCUACAGCGUCUGCUGGUGGGACUCUCGGCCUCCAUGUGCUACUCCGCCCUCGUGACCAAGACCAAUCGCAUCGCUCGCAUUCUGGCGGGCAGCAAAAAGAAAAUCUGCACACGCAAGCCUCGGUUCAUGGGCGCCUGGGCUCAGGUGGUGAUCGCCUCCGUUCUCAUCAGCGUGCAGCUGACUUUGGAGGUCACGUUGAUCAUCAUGGAACCUCCGGAGCCCAUCAAGUCCUACCCGAGCAUUCGAGAGGUUUUCUUGAUUUGCAACACCAGUAAUAUGGGCAUGGUGGCGCCGCUGGGCUACAACGGCCUUCUCAUCCUCAGCUGCACGUACUAUGCCUUCAAAACACGCAACGUCCCGGCUAACUUCAACGAGGCCAAAUACAUCGCCUUCACCAUGUACACCACCUGCAUUAUUUGGCUAGCCUUCGUGCCCAUUUACUUCGGCUCCAACUAUAAGAUCAUCACCACGUCGUUCUCCGUCAGCCUUAGCGUGACCGUUGCUCUCGGCUGCAUGUUCACGCCCAAAAUGUACAUCAUCCUUGCUAAGCCCGAGAGAAACGUACGCAGCGCGUUCACCACCUCGGACGUGGUGCGCAUGCACGUGGGAGAUGGGAAAAUCGCAUGCAGGAGCAACAGUCUGCUAAACAUGUUUAAACGCAAGAAAGACGCUUCUGGAAAUGGCAAUCCUAAUGGCAAGUCUGUGUCAUGGUCUGAACCAGGUUCAAGACAUCCUCCCAAAGGAGAACACAUGUGGCACAGACUGUCAGUACAUGUGAAGAGACAGGAAUCCGGCUCCAACCAGACGGCUGUUAUUAAACCGCUAACAAACACCUACAAUAGCCCAGGCAUGGAGUUUUCUGACCUGAGCACCAAAACACUUUAUAAUGUCGAGGAGGAAGAUGAAGGAGAGCCCGUCAGGUACAACUCGUCCGGCAGCCCCCCUCUGAUAGCCCUCAGACAGUCACCAAUAAAGGACACGGGCUCGCAUCUCAAUUUUUACACCCCAGAACAACAUCUGUCACAAAACAGCGUUCUCCCCCAGCGUAUUAUUCCAGAAAGAAAGGCCAAAUUUCAUCCAAACAUGUCUGAUCUGGAUGCCAUUAUAAGACUGCCUGAGCCGGGUCACGGGUUUGAGUUGACAGCCGGGCAGCCGGUCGUGCCUUUGUAUCUGGGUUCUUACCCGGACGAGCCCGCCUCCCCCCUGGAGGAUGUUGACAACGAGCAGUUUGGACUCCUUCAUGGCUACAUGUAUGACAAUGCACAACUUCAUGAUGAUGAAGAGCUCGUGCAGAUUAAAAUGGCGAUGGAGGACUCCGUGGCUCUCAUGCCGCCUUCCCCGUUUAGAGAUUCUCUUGGCUCGGGCAGCCCUGUUCCCAACUCCCCCGUGUCCGAGUCCUUCUUAUGCACGCCUCCGAGCCUGACCUACGCGUCCGCCAUUCUCAGUGAUUUUAAGCAAAGUUCUUCAACCCUUUGAACAAAUUGAACAAAGAUCGUUAUAACAGGAGACACAAAUUGUAGCUGGUAUGUUGCACAAGUGUGAUAAGAACAUUUAAAGAGAUAUUUUGAGGUAAAUGUACGGUGUGUCUUAUGUGUGCCAGGGUCCAAAUUUACCACUUGCCAAAAGCCAGAUGCAAAUAAAAAUGUUUUAGUCAUUGCAUGGGGUGAAUUGUAGUUAAAACCCUUUGCUUGUUUUUCAGUUGAUUUAUCUUAGUUGAACAUUUUCUAUAUUUACCAAAAAGUUCUUUACAGAGUUCAUAUGAUGACUAUUCCACAUUAGGCAACCAAACAAAGCCCCAAUAUGUCCUUUUGUUUUAUAUUUCCAAUAUAGAUCAUGUAAGAAAAAAAGCUUUAUAUAUUUGAUAAAUAAUGUGAAAUGCUGUUUAAUAGGCAAGAUAAGCAGUCAUUUAAAGAUGGGGUAACACAUGCAGUUUCUGCCAAUCUCAUAAUAUUAAUCUUGAGUACUGUACUAUACUGUAGUAUUGCAUACGUCGAAUCUUCGAAGAGUAUUUAGUUUGAUCAAAUUUAUAAAAGAGAUACAGCUGUACGAUUAUUUCCGGUAAAAGACGAGCUGCUGGAGGCGGGCAGGGGGGACGGAACUACAGCACGAGCACACAAAACAACAUCACAUUAAUCACUUUGUGUUGUUUACAUUAUGCACAUAUAUGUGGAUUGCCAAUAAAACAUGUCUUUUAGCACUGGGACCGCUCAGUCUAUCGGUUUCAAACCAUCUCCCAGUCCAGCGUUAUAUUCAGCGUUUAUAUAACAUCCAUCACUGAAAUACAGUGAAAAAACAAACACAAUUCAACUUCUCUCACUGCCACAAGAGUUACGAGCUGCACACAGCACAGCCAAUCUUGACGCAGCGCUGCCAAGUCGGUUGACAUAUAGGCGGGCUAUUUCUUUCACCUUGCCGUGUUUGUGCUUUUCCAGGAGAUUUGCCCAAUUAAAGGAAUAGGAUCAAUGUUACGAGGUAUCCAGACUUAUAAAAAACUGUCUGAAACAAGUUGGAGUGCUGGGGGAGUGUAUCAAGCACAGAAAUACUGCGUCAAAAGUCAUCUUAUAUUAUUAUAUAUAUUGUUAUAUAUUAUAUAUAUUGUUAUUAACAUCAUAUUAACAAAAUAUUCAGUCAAUGGAACAUUUAUUUACUUGUUCAUUCAGGUAAGUGUAGAUAAACCUUUGAUGAGUAACAUGUAGCAAACAUGACUAGAAUUUAAGUGGCAAUGUGUAAAAGACAACUUCAUGUCAACAGUUUAAACAACGUUUCUGUGCAGUAUGUGUCGGUUAAAGAGAACAAGAGAAAUUGUAGUUUGCUGUUGAUUUGAUAAAUGAAGUAAAUGUAAAUAUUAGAAUGUACUGUACUUGUAAUCUCUGGAUUUAAAUGGUCAUAUCUCAAAGCCAGAGGUAGUAAUAUUAUUAUAUGUUUCAUUUAAAAGUUGGAAUAUUUAUUUCUUUAUUAAUCUAUUGAUUGAUGGGUUUAGUUAUUUUGGGGGCUAUCUGUACUUCAUUGGUAGAUGAAGGUUUUCAUAUCACUUCUGCUUUCAAACAGUCGAUGUAUUCAAGAAGAUUUAAAAAGGCAAAUAAGUGCCACCGACGGCAAUUUCACCAGAAUGUAAUUCUUAUCAUACAGUCAUGUUUGCAGUACACUUGUGGAAAAUUCGGCUACAUCCUCUUGAUCAUUUAAGUCCUGCUCUUAACACUUACAAAAAUGUUGUAGAAAUGUAAAUGAUUAGAAGGCUUGUAUUUGAGUAACUUUAGAUCAAAUAAUUAUUGGUGUAUAUGGUGUAAGUUUUCUUAUCAAUUUCUGUCACAGUGUAACAUGUGUUGCUUUUGUAGCUUGACAGAUUGCAUUCAUACUGUAUAGUCUUCAAAAACAAUAGUUUUAAAGAGAACAUGUACUGCUCAUAUACUGAGGCUAUUUAUUAUUGCUAUACUGUGUAGAGUGGAGAUGUUUAUUAAGAUAAAGACAUAUUUUUACAGAUUCAUUUUAAAUGUGAUAUAUUUGUCAUUUAAGGGCAUGUUUUGCUGCUGUAGGUUUACGAUACAUUUAAAUAAGAUACAUUUUGUAAGUAAUUCUCAUUCUCAGGGUUGUUGUUACAUGUGUAGCUUAUGAUUUACCAAAUGUGACCAUUGUUUCUGCAUAUUACUGUUUUAAUAUGAUAAUGUCAAAGAUCUGUGUCUGAUGUGUCCGGCAUAAAGCACACGAGAUCAUAAACAUGA